AUGGCCUCGACUACACAAGAUUCGACGAUUCCAUCAUCAUCGUUGGCUUCAAAGUUCCAACGACUAAACGGCUCUCGGGCCAUUGCAAGAGUCUUACGAUGGGAUACGGCACGAGCACUCGCUGAAUGCCCUCUCUGCGAGCAACCUCAUGAGCAUCCAAUCAGCUUCUUUCCGAGCGGUGAUGAGAGAGAACUUCAGCGUAGAUCGAAUAGUCCAUACACUUUCCGAGGGUUAGAGCCUGCGGCGAUGUGGUUCUUUGUCGCACCAUGCCAUACCGCCGGCUACACAUAUAGGCUCAUCUUUCCUUUUGAGAAGCACGAUGCUGUAGAAAGGCUAUCUUGGGAGAUCAGGACAUCUACUUCCGAAAAGAAUGAAGACUCACAAUUUGAGUACUUUAUAACGGUUGGCUUCAGGAAGUCCGAACUCAAUGCUCUGCCUCAGCCCAACCAUUUAAAUCACCGUAGCAGCCCGAGAGAUCACUUUGAGAAUAUCAGCAUCAAAGACCAUGCUUUUCCUUCCGGAAAUGAUGGAGAAGAAAGCCGCAUGAGCUCCGCCCUGACAAGAGACUCGCUCAAGUUUAAGACAGGAGCAAAUGGAAAGGGGGAUCGUUGGGGGUGUGUUCACGACUACGCGACUUGCCCUCACUUCAACCACGACCUACGCAUUGAGGGAACUCUAGGCUCUUCGAGGCUCUCUUUGGAGGUAGCUCAUGACAAUCGCACAAAUGUUCAGGAGCUCUUACGAUUAGGCGCAGACGUCAAUGCGGGGGAUACCGAGGCCGUACACCCCUGA